CUGACCGGCGGCUCAUCGAAUCCUCCAAAGUUCGGCACGCUCAUUCCCAAUCGAAUCUUUGUGGGUGGCAUCCCCUCAAAUACAACGGAACAGGAACUGAAGAGCUUUUUUUCCAGUUUUGGACAAGUCAAAGAUGUCAAGAUCAUUAGUGAUCGUCUUGGUGUUUCAAAAGGGAGUUACGGAUUUGUCACUUUCGAAAGCCAAGAGAUGGCUGAGAAGAUAAUAAAAAAUGAGUCUGAGACACUGAUUUUUAAAGACCGCAAAUUGAACAUCGGCCAUGCAAUCCGGAAGCAGCAAAUGUUCCCCAGAGCGGACUUGCCGGCUGCUUUGUUCUUCGCCGGUGGUGCAAUGCCUUACAGUAUUCAGAACGGAAUGGCUGUCUUUUCAUUGCCCGGACAGGAAUAUCCCAUGCUAACCCAAGCUACGGCUCCUUAUGCAACAAUGAUGCUACCCCAGCCAGGUGGAGGUACAACGCUCUACUUGCCAUCAGCCGCAUCAGCUACAGCGUCGCCUUAUGCCCAGCUGUCUCAACAACAAGUGACUGCUGCGUUGCAACAACACCAGCAUUACCAGACAACCGGAAUCACUGGAGGGAUAGCCCCAUCAGUCGCAGGACAGCUUACCCCAGUCACUGUUAGCGGAAGUAAUAUGAACGCUCAGUCGAAUAAUACCGCAGCUGUUAUGGCCGCCGCAGCCGCAGCAAUGGCGGCCGCUGUCCAGUGGCCGCAACAGUCUGCAGGUAACGCUCAUCAAACUUCCCAGCAGCUUCCUUCCGUCACCACCCACAGCGUUCCCCAGACGGCAGGCACUCCACAAACAAUGGUACAAAGUGCUUCGCUUACACCACAACAGGCUGCCGCAAUGGCUGCUGCAGUCGCUGCGCAACAAGCUGCCUGGCGUUGGUCCCCCACAGUACAGCAAGCACAGACUUCACACGUCACUAGUUCCACGCAUGUGUCCAACACUGGUUCUGUCACUACUGCGUCCAAUGCUGUAGGAAACACAACUUCUACACCAACAAUCCAAAAUCAGAGUCUUCAUACUCACCCACAGGGCUCUCCAACUGCUACCACUCUCGGUCCGGCGACCUACUUGUACAGUCCUAUUACUGGAACGGGGCAUGAGCUUAUGUUUUUUCAUCAGACGAGCUCUCCCUUCGCUGCCAAUUCGACUAGUGAUUACAGUACUGAUCACAGCAACCAUUCUUCUGGUUUGCUAGAGUCGGUUGAGCCUCUUGGUUUCCCUUGUGAUGGAACACCCCUUGGUCGACAUUCACAGCAGCUCAGUGGACAACUUGCUAAUGCAGUUGGAAAUCAGCAUCUGGAUACUGCUGCAUGCCUUUCUCCAUAUGCGGCGUUCGCUCCUCUCCUGGAUUUACAGUCACAUGGGAGCGGUUCUGGACAACAAAAUACCCUGAUCCAUCCCACCACUUUACAACAUGCGUUUCGUCAACAUCACUCCGCUUCGACGACGAUAUUGGCUACCCCUCAGGCGGCUUCGGGGCAACAUAUUAUGCCCAUCGCCCAUGCAGCGACUUCUCUGGUUGCCCAACCACAGCAGCAUUCUAAAAUUUAUUCGUCUUCAAUCUUGUCUUCCAAUGCACACACGGGACCGGCGGUCAACGCCUGUCUGUACGCCAACCCUCCUGCAAAAAUCAAUGCGCUGUCUGAACUUACGUCUCCAGUCGACGCUCAAGAUGCUUCCUCUCUUCCUCAGUCGUCAGCCGUCCAGGCGACAGCAGUGUCCGCGAACGGAACUGGACUGAGCCCACACAAUACGACGGUCACUCAGCUGCAGGCCUCCAGCACAGGUGCAGUGCAGUGCAAUGCAUCCGCUUCCGGAUUAGCUGUGGAUAAUAACUCGGGGAUGACCACUGCCACCGGCCAUCGUUAGGUAGUGCGAUGACUUUUUUACUUACUAUUUUGAACGUAAUUGCUCGAUUUAUGUGUAUCAUUUUUGUGCAUCUUAUUGUCUGCAUUCAUUCAGUAAUGUCUACCUUCUACUGGCUUAAACUACUUUUGCUUAUGUAUAGGUGUUUUGUACAGUCCCACCAACCAGUACUUGGCCUUUCUUUUGUGUGAACUGAUUUAUUUCUGUGGCGUACCCACCGUCACCUCCCUUAGUCGAAAGCUUCUUUAGAGAUGUGAAUCCUGUACAUCCCUGCUUGAUGCAGGUUGUGCAUUUCUGUUUACCCAAAUGGAUGUCGUGGGAACCAAGAACUCUACGUUGAUUUCCUGACUUUGAAGCGCCAAGUUCUAGAGCAAAUUUUGUCAUGUCAAUCUAUAUGGCUUUUGGUGCCUUUUGUCUCUUUCUUCAUGUCCCCAGUUUCUCUUAUAUCCUGCUUUCUUUCUUUAAGGUCUUUUACACUAGAUCAGGCUGCUAGUUUUAGGACAACUGUCUCUUGGGGUCUCAGUGAAACAAGCAACAUCAACCCUUUUAGACCCAUUUUCUUAUUGACUGUGGACAGAUUCCUUCUCUCUGGAUUUUACGCUCUUUUGGGGUAGCUGUCCACCUGUGUAUCUCUGUGUAAGACUAACGUUCAUCCUCUGUUCUUUAUGUGCGUCAAUGUGUUCUGGUUUGCUUCUUCACAUAGCAUUGUUGGUUUUCGUUGAUCGCGUUAUUUCUAUACUUGUAAUAUAUUUGCAGUAUAUAUAUAUG